AUGCAUCUCCCAGAGCCGACUCUGACGCUGACGUUGCCCAGUAUUCAUGACGGCACGAUACUCGACUGUCGCAUCUACCAUCCUCUAUCUCCGUCAUCCGAACUAUGGCAUCCGCGGCACGCCGCCGUCGUUGCUCACCCGUACGCUCCUCUGGGCGGAUCGUACAAUGACCCCAUGGUUGCCGAGGUCGCUACCCAAUUCCUCUGGGCGGGCUUCAUUACUGCCACGUUCAAUUUCCGAGGGGCGGGAAACUCGACUGGACGCACAUCAUGGACGUCGAGGCCAGAACGCGACGAUUACACAAGCAUCGUAGGGUUUCUCGUGUACUACGUCCAUAGUCUGGAUCCCCGGAAGCCCGGCGAUGCUGAGGCGCCCAUUCUUGUCUUAUCUGGCUACUCAUAUGGAGCCAUGAUAACGAGCCAGCUACCUCCCAUCGAAGCCGUCAUGGCUGUCUUCGCCAAUCCGCCUCUGGACUCUGACGCCGGCCAUAUUCGCACACUGGCAGAGACUCUGGCCCAUCAACAAAGGCGGAUCACGAACUCGCAUGGAAUUCGCGUCGGCGAGACGAGCCCCAGGCGUCGCAGCUCUUCUAUCGGCGACGGCAGCAUACGCGGCAUAGCGAGAAGAACACGACAUCGCGCAAGGUCAUCUCUCGGAAGCAUAAACAGUAUCAACAGCUCUGCUACGUCCCCAACGAGCCCUCAGCAACGGCAACGGCCAGAUCUUACCCUGCCGCUGGUUUCUGGCCUUGUGCGGCCACAGCCAGCCUAUCUGCUCAUUUCACCCCUGCAAGGCCCCAUCACAAAUUUGGUCACCAUCAGCAGGUCACCGGGCCACUCGGCUGCCGAGGCCCAGUUGCGCAUUCACCCAACUCUUGCUGUCUACGGCGAUGGAGACAUUUUUGUGUCCGUAAAGAGGCUGAGGGCUUGGACGGAGCGCAUGGAGAAUGCUCAAGAUUCAAAAUUUCGUGGGCGCGAAAUUCCUGGCGCUGGUCAUUUUUGGAUUGAAGAGGGCGUCUUGUCAGAGAUGAUGCGACUAGUUGCCGACUUUGUGAAACAGCUGCUUGGGCCUGGAUGA